AUGUCCGCCCAACCCAUUCGCGUCCUGCCGGUCGAGCUCAGCUACACUGUCCUCUCGUCCCUGCCUCUUCCCCUUCCACGCAGGGACUUCCACGACGCAAGACUGUCCAUUCUCGCCUCGGCUUUCUCACAGUCUUCAACCUCCGACAUUCUUCAUGAUACCGAGGAUGAGCAUCGGCGCGACAUCAGUGGGGUGGACGAACGCAAGUUUGAAGAGGUAUUUAACGAACGGAGCGACGUGCGCCCGGGUCUGUACGAGGGUGGGAUGAAGACGUGGGAAGGAGCAGUUGACCUGGUAAACUACCUAUCGGACAACGAGAGACGGACUGCUGCUUUGAGCCAAGGGAGCAUCCUUGAAAUCGGGUCCGGGACAGCACUCCCCACUCUCUUCCUUCUGGCGAAGAUCUUUCAGUCGGAGGGCAAGGAGGACGCGCACGAGAGGGCAGUAUUCCUGCAAGACUAUAAUCUACCAGUUCUUGAGCUCAUGACGUUCCCGAACAUUCUCUUAACAUGGUAUCUAUAUUCACCCUCCGCUGCCAUGUAUCGUUUCCCCCAUCCUCCGGUCUCACCUGGCCAACCGAUUUCCCUCCGGCUCUCCUCGGACCUCUUGUCCUCUUUUCGAGCCUCGCUCACCAAGCUGAAGCUCUCGCUGCGAUUUUGGGCUGGCGACUGGGACAUGCUGGAUGUAGGGGGUAGGGUGGGGUUGGUCUUGACAAGCGAGACUAUCUACCGGCCCGAAGCAGUACCUUCGCUUGCUCGGUGUAUUCGACGGGCCCUCGAACAGCCAGCCAGUUCUGGAAGUCGAGUGACGAAAUCCGGCCAGGAGACACUAGACGAACCGAGUGUGUGCCUCCUAGCCGCCAAGGACGUCUACUUUGGUGUUGGAGGGAGCGUGGCCGAGUUCGAGCAAGUUGCCCAGCGCCUCGGGAUGGUUGGGAGGAGGGUGUGGGAGGUGACCGAAGGGAGCGGCAGGUGUAUUCUCGAGAUGAUGGUGCGAUAG